UGAAAGAGGAAUAAAGGAUUUAGGCAUUUAGCCGAGAAUUGAGUGGGUCUGCGUGAGACUGAGGCUGAAUGUUGAGGAAGUUGAUGGCCAUGAAGAUUCUGAAUUUUUUUCAUCGCCCCACAUAGGGAGCAGUGUUAAUUUCGUAAAUAUAUAGCAAUUGCUGUGGCAUAAACCCUAAAACCCCAACUACUCCUAAAACCCUUUUGAUUUCUAACGCAUUACUCUCGUUUUCUCUACCUGGAAGUGCAAGGAAAUGGGAGAAGAGAAGCCCAAAUCAAAAGGAGUAUGGCCAUCUGUGAAACCCUUUGUGAAUGGAGGAGCCUCAGGCAUGUUGGCCACCUGUGUCAUCCAACCCAUCGAUAUGAUCAAGGUGAGAAUACAGUUGGGUCAGGGAUCGGCUGUGCAGGUUACUAAGACAAUGCUUCAAAAUGAGGGCAUUAAAGCCUUCUACAAGGGACUGUCUGCUGGGUUGCUUAGGCAAGCAACAUAUACAACUACAAGACUUGGAUCAUUCAAGGUCCUGACAAAUAAAGCUGUUGCUGCUAAUGAUGGAAAACCAUUACCUCUGUAUCAGAAAGCCCUUUGUGGCCUAACUGCUGGAGCUGUUGGAGCGACUGUUGGUAGUCCUGCAGAUUUAUCACUCAUUCGUAUGCAAGCUGAUGCCACUCUACCUGCUGCUCAACGCAGGAAUUACAAAAAUGCUUUCGAUGCACUAUAUCGUAUUGUUGCAGAUGAAGGGGUUCUAGCACUUUGGAAAGGUGCAGGUCCUACUGUAGUGCGAGCAAUGGCAUUGAACAUGGGAAUGCUCGCAUCUUAUGAUCAAAGUGUUGAGUUUUUCAAGGAUUCCCUUGGUUUGGGUGAAGCUAGCAUUCUAGUGGGAGCCAGUGCUGUUUCAGGGUUCUUUGCUUCGGCAUUCAGUUUACCAUUUGAUUAUGUUAAAACUCAAAUACAGAAGAUGCAACCCGAUGCCAGUGGGAAGUAUCCGUACACCAGUUCUUGGGACUGUGCCAUGAAAACAUUGAAAUCUGGAGGACCCUUAAAAUUCUACACUGGAUUCCCUGUCUAUUGUGUUAGGAUUGCUCCACAUGUCAUGUUGACUUGGAUCUUCUUGAACCAAGUCCAGAAGUUGGAGGAAUCCGUGGGGUUGUAAGCAGUGGAAAUCUUCAUAAAAAACUUAGCUUGAACAACGGCGAAUAAGAAAGUAGAUUCAUGACUUUGUGAAAGGCCAGUUUUGCAGAACUUGAUGGCUUCAGAGGUUUCUAUUAGGAUUUUUGCAGUGCUUUCUUUAAUAAUUGAUCAAACUUGUGAUGGAAAUCAUACAAAGUGAUUUUUCCUUUU